UAGAUAGUUGUUAGUUGUGAAUGGGUGCUACAAAUUCACUAAUAGAUACACCAGGCGGUUAUUCUGUUCUUCAGAGAAAUUCAGAAAUUCGACAUUGUCGUUUUUGUGGAUCUGCUUACAAUAAUGAUGCUUGUAUAAAAGAUAAAAAUAAUCAAACAUCAAGUUUAGACGAUCAUUAUCCUGCUGAACUUUGUGGUAUUUGGCUUGGAAAAUUAUAUUCAAAUCAAAUGAAAGGCAUUCCUUUACAUGGAGAUCUUAGAGCUUUUUUUGCAUCACAGACACAUUGUGCAGAAACUGAGAGUAAUUUUGAGUCGAUAGGCUCCCCAUUGAUCACACUACCUAAACGUUCCAGCGCUGCAACAAAGUCCCAUGUUGCAACGUUGUUAAGAAAUUCUGACACUACAAAAAAUCAAUCCACACUAAAAGAGGAAUUUUGUUCUACUAUGGAUAUUCAUAAUUCAAGUUUUGUUCAAUAUACAGAACUUGAAGGUUGUCAUAUCAAUGGAUGCUUGUUCGUAGAACAUGGGAAUUUGGUUUUUCAAGCUACAAGCUACAAGAGGUCGCCGCAUAUUCCAUCUUUGCUCAUUGAUCAGCAAAUAUUGGGACCAACAAAUGACUGUAUUCCUUCAACAUGUCAUCACACUAAUAGAGAACGAUUCAUGAUGGACAAUACAAAAUUACACGGUUCCAUUCAACAUUCAUUGCCAAUAUGUUCAUUUGUUGAAAAUAAUUCACAUUUAACAAAUUUAGAUACUAUAGAACAGAAAUCUAUAUUUUCACAAAUGGAUAAUUCUUAUAUAUCAACAGAAAGGUAA